AUGAAGAAUAAUUAUUCAAAAAAUCCAAAUGAAGUGAUUGGUCAAAGUCAACAACCUACAUCAAAUCCAACAAUGACAAUUCCUCAAAUGGAAUGGAUAAAUAUACAGUAUCCAUCUACAAAUACUGUGGUGCCUCCUGGACUAAAAAAUUUUGCUUUUGGUUACCAUUCAGAUUCAAAAAACUUAAUUAUCUAUGGCCAAACCUAUAUGUUAGAUUUAAAUACAAUGUUAUGGAAAAAUCCAUUAACAACUGAUCCUACAAAAAUUGCACCGGAUCCACGUACAAGAAUGCUUUUUGGUAUGGAUAAAUGGUCGUCGUACAGAGACCAAUUAGUUAUUUUUGGUGGUAAAGGAAAUGGUAAUACCGCAUAUAAUGAUAUUUGGUCUUUUAAUGUACCAUAUACCACUUGGACACAAAUUUCAAAUAUUUCCCCAAGUACAUCCUUUAUACCUCAAAUGUAUGAUACUCUUGGUGGUAUUGAUAGUACAUUAGCAGUACUUAAUAAUCCUAAUAACACAAUGUGGAUUACUCAUGGAACUAACGGAUCAAAUUUUUUUACUGAAGCUUGGGCAAUAGGCUUGGGCGGAAGUUGGGCCCCCGGUAAUAAUGGAUUGACAGCAAAUAUAGCAAAGCUAGACAUGUCUUCAUCUUUGGUUAUGCCAACAGGUAGGAGAGAAGCUGGUGGUGCCAUCUUGCCUAAUAAUAGAAUAGUAACGUAUGGUGGAUGUAAUAAUACAUCACCGGAGGAAUGUGCAAUUCCUGAAACCUUUUCAUUACAGUUAAAUUCUGACGGAGUUAACCCACCUGCUUACAAUGCUAAACCCUCUUGGGCCGAGCAGAAUAGAUGUUUAGGUAGUAGAGAAGAGGCUGCUAUGGUAAUGGUUGGUAAGAAACCACAAGAUAAUUUAGCGGUGGUUUUUGGUGGUAAGGCUGCAAAUGGCACUGGAAUAGGCGGGGAUGGUGAAGUUGGUAUUUUGGAUGCUAAUCUUGGAACUUGGGUAAGAGUAUUACCAAAAGCUGACCCUGUAUAUAAUGUUCCAAAAGCAAGAGCCGGCGCAAGGAUGUUAUCAGCUCAAGCUGCAAUAUUGGGUAGUGCAACCGAUGUUGUUGAUAUUUUGAUGUAUGGAGGCGAGGCAUUGGAUGGAUCUUCAAAAUAUUAUAAUGAUUUAUGGAUUUUAAGAUUGUACACUGGUACUCUUAUAUCACAAUCAUCAACUACUACAGUGAAAUUUUUAGAUUGUAUAAUUGAAGAUGUUACAACAACUUCGGUUUCUCCACCUUCUCCAACCAGCAGUGGGACUAAUGAGGUACCAACCGGACGGAAUCAUACUUCAAGUAACACAACAUCUUCUGACGAUAGUUUUGCUAAUGCUAUAGUACCGAUUUCACAUUUAUUAUUUUCUACCAUCGCGUAG